AUGGGAUCGGACGCGCCCGUGCCGGCUGCAGGCGGUGGGUUGCCCUCCCUCGCCCUCGCCGCGGCCGAGCCUCGAAAGGACGGCAUCAUGGUAUUGCGGAGGGAUUCGGCGUCAUCGCGUAGCAGCUCGUAUUACAGUGCUGCCACUCCCGCACACAGCAGCCCAAGAUCCAGCGCGAAUGGCCGACUCCUCUCUGGACAGCAGGCCGAUCGUUUGUCCGACAGCCCUCCGCUGACGCCCAUCCCGGGCCAUCUCUUGCAGCCGGUCGACGAGGAGCCCGACACUCCCAGUUCCACGAUUGUCGAGUUCGGGGACCUGGGACGGGGCAGCGUACCGUCGGCAGCUCAGCUCGUCGAGCAUGUUCACUGGUCCUUCAGACAAUCCCAAGUUGCUGCCCUUUCAGAAUCUCGCUCCAGCAGCAAAGCUCGUGGAUCACAAGACAACCGCGAGAGCCGCGACGGGCGGACCUGGAGGGACCAAAGGAACCAGAGUCGGGGCAGGAGCGCUUCCACGCCGAGUGCGCCGAGGGAGAGGUCACAAUCCAACCAGCGCAGACUGAACAGCGCGAGGGACACAAAAGCCAACGCGGAAAGCGAGCGCCGCCUGGCAGACGAGCGCAUCAACCUGUUCCUCCAGUCCAUGGCC